GUUUGUGUGAUAUUGGCUUGGUUGUGUUUUGUCUUGUGUUCCCGUCCAAGAGGGAUAAAUUGGAUUGUCCAAAGCAAAUAGUCAUUUGUCAUUAUUGGUCCGCAGGUGGCAGCAAAUAGCCAGUUGAUUUGGUCAGUGAUAACGACGCACUACAGGCCUGGGCUUAAACGCCAAAUAGAACGCAGUAAUCUCUAUAGUUUAUAACUAGGGUUUUCGUUGUUUUUUUUACGGAAGGCAAUAGGCAUAGGGUCUCUAAUCUAAGACUCAUACUAAAAUCAUAAGAAAUGUUCACUUUAAAAUUUAACUCAUCAACGUUUAAAGCAGGCCUAAAAUGGAUAUUAGGCUAUAUAAUAACUCAUGACUGAUGAACAUUGACUUUUUAGUCUACGAGACACAUUUGGGGAUUUAUUUAGGCUAAUCAAAUAACGAGUCCUCCAACUAAAUCCGCCCGCCUGGCAUUGAACCAACAAGUGUAGGCUACAUACUUGGUAACUCCAAAACAAAAUUCCAUCAGCAGCACAAUAAAACAUUAAUUCUGCAAACUAUGCCGGCGGAAUGUCAUUCUAGACCGAGGCCUUGCGAAAUGGGCGUGAAUACAAAGAGCAAACCCUGCCCAUCUAAAAAUCCUCCAUCCAAGGAAAAAAAGAACCAAGAAAAGAAAGAGCAGAACACUUUCACCCAAUCAGCAGUGGUGCUGUAAAAAGGUCCCCCCCCGAAAGUAAAAGUGUUGAUAGUGUGCUGUAGCCUAUAUGGUCUCCUAUCGCGUGUUUUGAUUAGGGCCCACGGGCGGUGCAACUCACGGCAGGAGCCACAUUGUCUUUAUGCAAACUUGUAUUCAUCUACGAGAUGUCUAUUGUAUGCCCAUCGGCAUAUAUGGACGCACCACAGCCAAGAAGCAGGAUUCCACCAAUCUAGAAGCCGGAGUCAGUAUCGGUUGUGUGUUCGGUUGUCUCCCGGAGUCUCUCUCUUUCUCUCUCUAUCUCUCUUACUCUCUGUCUCCCUCGCUGACUCGUCGCAAUGAGUUGUCUUGAUGUGAUGUACCACCAAAGUUUUGGCGCGCACUACCUUCCAUCCUCACAAGUGGCUGCAGCGGCUUACAAAGCGGCGUGUUAUGGCCAUCACCAGAGGAAGCCUAGUGCAUACAGUAAGGUGCAUGAGUGUGUGGAGCAGCAGAUGCAUCAGCAGCAACAGCAGCUCCCACAGAGCCGACCCGCAGCGAUGCUGCCCAGGGAGCAGGGCCUCCGGCGGGCACCGCUCACUCCGGGGUCUCGGUGUAGCGACAGCAGCGGUGCUAGCAGCGGUGCUAGUGGCGGUGGCGCCCCGGAGGAUUGCGUCAUGACCAAGGACGGCGGCGGCGGCGGCCAGCCGGCGGAGGCGGAGUACCUGAGGGCCCGCUGUGUCCUCUUCACCUACUUCCAGGGCAGCGUCGGCGAUGUGGUGGACGAACACUUUUCCCGCGCUCUCAGCCAAUCAGGGUCUUUCUCCAGGGACACCAAGCCGGCACUCGGGGUCACUCAGCAGCAGCAGUUGUCCUCGCCUCUGCCCGGCGCGUUAUGGAAAGACAGUGCGUCUCUCGCCGAGGGCCCCAUCAUGAACAUGUGGAGCGGGGGGGGGUGCUACCCGUCCCAGGCCGGCCCGUGCCCCCGUCCCGCCUCCUCCAUCUCCGUCCACCCAGACUUCUCCUGCGCCGCCGUCAGCCCCCUGCCCUUCCACCCGGCCGACGGCGCCCUGUGGCCCGGCCACGCGCUGGCCCAGGCCGGCCUGCCGGACCCCCACUCCCCCUGGUCCUACGGCCUCAACGCGGGCCAGAGCGGCGGCGGCGGCGGCGGCUACCCGCAGAUCCACGACCUCUACCCCCAUCACCCGGCCUCCGUGCACGGGCACCACCACACGCACGCCCACCACGGCCACCACCGGUUCCCGCACGGCCACGUGCUCCACUCGUUCCCGUCCCACAGCCCCGCGGCGGCAGCACUGGACCCCCGGAUCAGCCAUCUCCUGCUGCCGGGGGGGGUCCGACAGAGGGCGUCCAGCGCCGAGGGCCACGGCUCUCCUCCGCCUCUCAGCGAGGGGGUCAAGUCGGAAACCGACCCCAGUGUCAGCAUCCCUGUGGCAGCCGCCCCCACCCUGCCGGCCUCCUGGUCCCCCGCCUCCCUCCGCGGUUCCCUGGAGGUCUAUGACUCUGGUCUGGAUCAAGAGAAAGCCAAAGCCUCUGCCUGGUUCUGAGAGACAAAGAUGUCAGCUCUCGUUUGGCUGUGUGCGUCUCCUUUCAAAUACUCAGCGAUUCUUCAGCGUGUGGCUGCAGAACGGGGGCUUCAACAGCAGCACUGUGCACUGUGGGGAAUAGACUGAAUGUGGGAGAAGGACAUUUAAACAGUGACUGCAAGCACUGAACCCCACACCUAGUAUGGCAAAACCUGAAACACACACUUCUUUUCGAGUUAUUUUAUUAAUGCGGGUGCGGAUGCUGUGCAGGUGAAGAAAAAAAGCAGAGGAGUUUAAGUGCACUAAUGAACUCACUCAUCCAUUGUUUGACUCAUUAAGGCGUCACCAUUGUCCAUGGUUUGAAGAGACUGGAUGAUCGCCUCCUUUUUUUCUUAAAUCGGGUUUACUGACACGUUCACUACAGCACGUGUUCUACAUCCAUGAAGGUCUGUUUUUCUGUUUCUUUGCUGCCAUUUAUUUCCGAUAAGUUAAACUACGUUCCUGUUCUGAACUUAAACAAAUUGCAAUUAUUUUGUCAUAUAAGUUAAAAUGCUUUUAUUUUUUAAAAGAUGAACAAAGCCAUAUGGUUCUGUUUCAAGAACCAAAAUUUUACAAAUGUGUGUGUAUUAUUUUGUGUGUCAUUCUGUUAUUGCAAUGCACAUUGGUCGUCUGCAUCUCGUUCAACGGAUGGUACUUUCAUUAUUUUCUUGGCACUAAAAAUGUUGAGAGUGUAAAUAUCGUCAUGCAAUAAAUCUGAUGAAUGUUGCCACAAA